AUGUUCGCUGCUCGACAAGCUUUUGCUCAGGUCCAGCGCCGCACCUUUUCUGCAUCUGCCCGCCAGGCAUCUAAGGUCACCGUUUUGGGUGCUGCCGGUGGCAUUGGACAGCCAUUGUCGCUCUUGCUCAAGCUUAACCCCAGAGUCAGCCAGCUCGCCCUCUAUGAUAUCCGCCUAGCUCCCGGUGUUGCCGCCGAUAUUGGCCACAUCAACACCAAGAGCGAGGUUCGCGGCUACGACGCAACUCCCUCUGGCUUGGCCGAGGCUCUCAAGGGCUCUGAGAUCGUCCUCAUCCCCGCCGGUGUUCCCCGCAAGCCCGGCAUGACUCGUGAUGAUCUCUUUAACACCAAUGCCUCCAUCGUUCGAGACUUGGCCAAGGCCGCUGCAGACCACGCCCCCGAGGCCAACAUCUUGAUCAUCUCCAACCCUGUCAACUCUACCGUUCCCAUCACUGCCGAGAUCUUCAAGUCCAAGGGCGUUUACAACCCCAAGCGCAUCUUUGGUGUCACUACUCUAGACGUUGUCCGCGCUUCUCGAUUCAUCUCUCAAAUCAAGAACACCGACCCCGCCAACGAGAACAUCACUGUUGUCGGUGGCCACUCCGGCGCGACCAUCGUCCCUCUCUUGUCUCAGUCUGGAUACAACCUCGAGGGCGAGCAGCUCGACCAAUACGUCCACCGUGUGCAGUUCGGUGGUGAUGAGGUCGUCCAGGCCAAGGAUGGUGCUGGUUCUGCCACGCUCUCCAUGGCCAUGGCCGGAGCUCGCUUUGCCGAGUCUCUGCUCAAGGCUGCUCAGGGCCAGAAGAACGUCAUCGAGCCCACCUUCAUUGACUCGCCCCUCUACAAGGACCAAGGCUGCGAGUACUUCUCCUCGAACGUUGAGCUAGGCCCCAACGGUGUUGAGAAGAUCCACCCCGUUGGUAAGAUCACCGAGUACGAGCAGAAGCUCCUCGACGUCUGCAUCAGCGACUUGAAGAAGAACAUCACCAAGGGUGUCCAAUUCGUCAAGGAGAACCCUGGCAACUAA